CUAACUUCAUUAGCAACUACUAGCCAUUCCUUUCAACAAAACACAAACCUUAUUAAUCAUUCAACAUGCAGACCUCACUUUUUCAUGAGCUAAUUGUUGGAACUCCAAUCACAUAUGACCAGUUUCUAAAGUCGGAUAACAGAUACUUGCUUGAUUCUGCCUCUCAUCAAUCUCAAUAUCCAUCCAAACAUCAAAGCAAAUGUAGAGCAAGUUCUAACCAGAAAAAGCGCAGCAGGAAGGUCGAUAGUAAUUUUGAAACUUCGGCAAGACUUGGGACAAACAUAUCUGAAACUAUAAAAAGGAAGUUGAGCUUAGGGGCAAGACUUCUUCAAGUGGGUGGAGUGGAGAAAAUGUUCAUGAAGUAUUUUAGUGUGAUCGAGGGGGAGAGGCUGUUGAAAGUUUGCCAUUGUUAUCUGUCCACCACAACUGGCCCUCUAGCUGGUCUCCUCUUCAUCUCAACCGAAAAAGUUUCCUUUUGCAGUGACAGAUCAAUAAAAGUCUUUAAUCAGAAAGGUCAAAUGUGUAGGAUCCGCUAUAAGGUUGUCAUUCCAGCAAAGAAGAUAAAGUGUGUGAAUCAAAGUCAAAAUGUUGAGAAAUCAACACAGAAGUACAUAAAUAUAGUUACAGUGGAUAAUUUCGAUUUCUGGUUUAUGGGUGUGUUCAAAUAUCAGAAAACUAUAAAAUAUCUGGAGCAAGCAAUUUCACAAGUUUAGAUGAAUCUCCCUAGUCCACCAUAUGUGCAUAAUAUAACUAGUCGAUGCUCGAAGAAAGCUUCAUGUUACGAUUACAAACAUUAAGAUAAACAACUUUGAAAAGAAAAUGAUAACCAACAAGACAAGCAAUGAAAAAUGAUAGUUUUAGUAGAAGAUAUAUCGCUGUCUUUGAAAAAAGAGAUUUCUUGGACCGUAUUGAUCAUUCUGAAGCAGAGAACAUCUUGCAGGCUUUCGGAUUUUCCCCCAAGAUUGACUAGUGAACAUAUAUGCUCAGAUGCUGACAUAGUUGUCAGCAUAGUGUUGGUAAAAUUAUGGAUGCAAGAGAUCGGAGGAUGGUAGCAAACAAGAUAGAAGGACAGUAAAAAGAAAGAUUGAGGAAAACUAUUAGAAAUUUAAAUUUCAAGCACGAUUACUUAACAGGUUAAUUACGAGCAAGUUUUUAGGAACUUUCAAAUUGUAUUAGGACCAUUAAAUUCUUUUAAUAAAAU